UCCUCCCGCCCGGCGCUCUCCUCCCGCCCGGCGCUCUCCUCCCGCCCGGCGCUCUCCUCCCGCCCGGCGCUCUCGCAGCCUCAGCUCAACACCUCGCGUUCCAUGGCGGCGGCCGCCGCACCGCUGUCGCCGCAGCCCCGGGGCGCUGCGGGCACCGCGGCGCUGAGCCCCACACGCAUCUCGAGGCUGCAGGAGAAGGAGGAGCUGCGGCAGCUGAACGACCGGCUGGCCGUCUACAUCGACAAGGUGCGCAGCCAGGAGACGGAGAACAGCGCGCUACAGCGGCGCGCCAGCGAGCGGGAGCAGGUAUGCGGGCGCGAGAUCAGCGGCUUGAAGGAGCUUUUCGAGACCGAGCUGGCCGACGCCCGCAAGACGCUGGACGACACAGCGCGGGAGCGGGCGAAGCUGCAGAUCGAGCUGGGCAAGCUGCGCGCCGAGCACGAGCAGCUCCUCAGCAGCUAUGAAAAAAAGAGUUCUGAUCUUAAUGCAGCUCAAGUCAAACUUCGAGAGUUUGAAGCAGCACUCAGUGCUAAAGAAGCUGCGCUGGCCACAGCUCUUGGUGAUAAGAGAAGUCAAGAAGAGGAACUUGAGGAUUUAAGAGAUCAAAUUGUACAGCUUGAAGUUUCUUUAGCUGCAGUUAAGAAGGAGCUUGCAGAUGGAACUUUACAGAAGGUGGAUCUUGAAAAUCGUUGUCAGAGUCUCAUUGAGGAUUUGGAAUUCCGUAAAAAUAUGUAUGAGGAGGAAAUCAAGGAAACAAGAAGAAAACAUGAAACUCGCUUAGUUGAAGUUGAUUCUGGGCGUCAAAUUGAAUAUGAGCAUAAACUGGCCCAAGCACUUAAGGAAAUAAGAGAGCAGCAUGAUGCACAAGUGAAACUGUACAAAGAGGAGCUUGAACAGACUUACUGUAACAAACUUGAAAAUAUUAGACAGUCAUCUGAGAUGCACAGUUGUACAGCCAACACCGUAAGAGAGGAACUUCAUGAAAGUCGUAUGCGAAUUGAAGCACUGUCAUCCCAUAUUGCCGAUAUCCAGAAAGAGUCUAGAGCAUGGCAAGACAGAGUGCAUGAGCUUGAGGAUGCCUUGUCCAAGGAGCGGGAAAACUGUCGCAAAAUGCUGUCUGAGAAUGAGAGAGAAGUGGCAGAGAUAAGAAAUCAAAUGCAGCAGCAGUUGAGUGACUACGAACAACUUCUGGAUGUUAAACUGGCACUUGAUAUGGAAAUCAGUGCAUACCGGAAAUUGCUGGAGAGUGAAGAGGAGAGGCUCAGACUUUCUCCGGGUCCGUCUUCUCGAGUGACAGUUUCACGGGCUUCAUCAAGCCGUAGUGUACGUACCACCAGAGGAAAGAGGAAGAGAAUUGAUGUGGAAGAAUCUGAAGCCAGCAGUAGUGUCAGUAUCUCCCAUUCAGCUUCUGCCACUGGAAAUAUCUCUAUUGAGGAGAUAGAUGUUGAUGGAAAAUUCAUCCGCUUGAAGAACACCUCUGAACAGGAUCAACCUAUGGGAGGUUGGGAGAUGAUCAGAAAAAUAGGAGACACUUCUGCUAGUUACAGAUAUACCUCAAGAUAUGUACUAAAGGCAGGACAAACUGUUACAAUUUGGGCUGCAAAUGCUGGAGUAACUGCUAGCCCUCCCACUGACCUCAUCUGGAAGAACCAGAAUUCCUGGGGCACUGGUGAAGAUGUGAAAGUUGUGCUGAAAAAUUCUCAGGGAGAGGAGGUAGCUCAAAGAAGCACUGUCUUUAAAACAACUGUAAAUGAAGGGGAAGAGGAGGAGGAGGAAGGUGAAGAAAUUCUUGAAGGUGUUAUCCACCAACAGGGAGGCCCAGGGAAAUCUGGCAGAAGCUGUGUGGUCAUGUAAACUCUUUCCAGUCAUCCAGGUUCUUCAAAUAAUGGUUAUCACUGUCUACAGCAUAGCCUUCUCAGAAGCACAGUGUAUUUUUGUAGUUUCUUUCUGUGAGUUCUUAAUCUGAAAGUCUAAUGGCCUUAAUUUCCUGACAUUGAAAAUGAAGUUUUGUAAAAGAAACUGUAUCUGUAACUUGCUGUUAAGACAUAAGCUGGUGAUUCUGAGCUCUGUACUGUUUGAAAAUGACAUUCCCUACCCCCAGUUUUAUAUGCCAGUCUUUUGUUUAAAAAGAAACUUUAGAAGUUUCUGCAUUUUGGGGAUUGAUUUUCUCAGACAACACCACUCCAGCCAUCCACUGUUGACUUGUUUAUAUUUAGGUGCUGUUUGGGAAGGGAAAGGCAUUUUCAAUACUGUGAACUCUUUUUAUACUGAAGACAUUUUCGUAUUACAGCGCAAUCAAAGAUAAAUGACUUUCUUAUAGAAAAUAGACUUUUUUAAAAAGAAGAAAAGGGGAUAAAAAACCGUAAAAUCAUGUAAGCACUCAAUUCAUGAAGGAUGCAGUAAAAAAACUUUCUAUUACUACUUUGUUUGCUUAGGUUUUUUAUUCUGAAAAGGGGAUUCAUGUUAAAUGUGUUAGUUGUGUUGUUCAGAUAGUGUAACAGCAUAAAUUUGCUUACGUGGUUUUUUUGUGACAAAGUCUGCUUUCAUAUUGAUUGCUUUGCUUGUUGACAGUUUUUAGGAACAAAACCAAGUCUUCUAGAGAUCUAGUCUAUGUUUUUAUGGAAAACAAUUGUAAUUUUGUCAAUGUGGAACGUUUCAAUCCUUCUUGCAUUUACCUAAUGUUUGAAAGCUUUGAAUAAAGAGUGAAUGAAGUAUAGACACUUCAGAUUAAGUUUUUGGAAUUUGUCUUGUGAUAGAACUGAGUUAAAAGUUGAACGAUUGCUAGAUAUUUAGAACUGAUAAGCUUUGAACUUAGAAAAACCUGCAUGUAAGUGGAACAGUGGCUCCUGAUUUGUAAAGAUUUCUCUUAAAAUAAUGAGGAACGAAUUGGCAUUUGGAAAAUCAAUUCUUUGGACCUUUAUUCAAAGUCUACAUAACUGUUUCUGUAGCUAUCUUCAUCUUGAUCUGAAUGCUUUUGUAAUGGCCAGAAUCAUGGGAAUUCAUUGUGCUGUUUUGCUCUCAGUUUCUUGAAAAACAUAGAACUUUCUUUUGACAUGUCUUCCAUGUUAGAUGAGUUUCUAUCAGAUGAACUACAUCAUGACAUUUUGAAUUUGUGCCAGCAGAAGUGGACAGAAGUGGCCAAGGGUGAUGUGGAUGGACAGAAAUUGGUGAGACUGCUCCUUUUGGUAGUAACAUUGGCUUAAACAACUGCAUUAGACCCUGAAGUAAAACCUGAUCUCAUUUCCGAUUUAAAAGUGUUCAUAUUUAUGUAGUAUGAAUAUCUUCAUAUUUCAGUCAUACUUCAUAUCCUGUAAUAUUCUCAUUACUUCUAAAUUUUUUUCCUAGGAAUAAUGUUUUUCUAUUAGUUAUAGUCUGAGAUACUGGUGUUACAGGCAUUACCUGUAUAAAUGAACAUUUACACUGUAGGAAACUGUUUAUUCCAUUUAUUUGUUGUUUUCAAAACUAAUAGCACAGACUAGCAAUACAUUUCUGUUAGAUAGGACUGUUAACACUUCCUCACCAUUUAUAAGAGAUUGUUUUGCAUGUAGCAGUGUUCUUGGCUCUAGCUAUUGUAGAGCCUGUUUUUGUCACUGCAAAAUGAUGAACAGUGCCUUAACCCUUACAUGAACAUGUACCUAGGAGCAGCUGCUUGAGUUUUCUGAAUAUUCAGGUAAGUCAGCACUCUUGUAAUAGAUGGCAGUGGACAAGUGCUGGUUUUUAGAAAGGUGCUUUAGAGUACUUACAUAAAUUAGCCUAAAUAAUGUUAGGAUAUUUUAAAGAUGGGAAGGGAAAAAAAAAAGACUUCUAUUCUGUAUGCUGCUAACAUUUAGUGUGGAAGCAUCCUACCACCAGAUGGAGGUCUUGUUAUUGAGCUAUAUUCUCUUUUAAAAAACAGCAAAACAAAAACCACUAAUACCCUUCCUACAUUUCAUGAGUUCCUUAAUAACAUCAGAAAGUUUCUCUUUACUAGACUGAAUGAAGUCCUCCUAUCUCUUCACCAUACUUCCAACCUUUAAUUAGUCUCAUGAAAAGCACUGUGACCUCAAGCUUGAAAGAUACAGUUUUAUGUCAGUAUUGUUUUCCCCUACCCUUCAACUGUUGUAGUUACUGCUGAUAUCGACCAGUUCGGGUGAGAGAAGGCUGAUGGGUGGAAUUCUUUAAAGGUAUCAGACCAAUGGAAAAUAAACUUGUUGGUUUUUUUAACAUUA